AUGGCCGACAAUCCAUUUGUCCCGGUUCCAGACGCGAUAAAGCAAAAGCUUUCUGAAGGAAGAAUUCUCGAGGCCUACACCUUCGCUGAGAUAGACCGCAUCUUACCUUCUCGAUUCCUACGUGGCAGUGAUUGGGACUCUUUAAACUUGACCUCUUCCGAAUCGAUUAACUGCGGAAUCGCUUUCAACAACCUUUGUCUCUUAGCGUGGGAGAAGGUCAAUCUCUCCACAUGGCAAAUCGAAAGCGAAUUGGAAAAAAUGGUAUUACAAUGGGCGGAGAAGAACAAAGAUACAGGGAAAGCAAUUCUGCGGGAUAUCUUACCAAAAGCUAAAGAGUUUGGCUGGCAGCUCUUGGCUCUUGAGUGA